UUAGGGCGUUUCGCGGAUUGAGUUUUCUGCCCAAAACGGCCUGUAACUUGCGUGCCUUUUUUAUUCUUUAUUUUCAGGCGGAUUAUUUCACUUCUUUUUGCCCAAUAGAAUUUAUUCACGUUUUCAUUUGCUUUUACCUUUCAAACUUUUCUCAGUUGCUGGUCUUGAUUUAUCAUUUUUCUCUUUUUGCACAAUUAUUUUGAAUUUUUUCCCUGGCAUAUGUCAUUUGGGGAAAAUUGAUGAUAUUUCAGAAAAACGAGUUUUUUCAAGCAGAAACUGCUUUUGUCAUUCAUAGUAGCCUCUUUUUAAUAUCCGUUGCUCUUUUGUGUUCCUAGAAGCAGAGUUUUUCAAAAGUACCUCAUUAAAAAUCGACAGUUAUCAAGAACAUUCGUUAAAGCUUAAAUAAAUAUUACGUUUUCUUAGAAAGUCAGAAAAAAAGACUUCUAACUGAUGGCGUCAAAUUAUCCACAAAAAAAAUUAGUUUUUUAUUUUGUCUCUACUUCAUUAUUGAAUAAUUUAUUGACUUGACUAACUUAACUAAUUGUAUUUCAUUAUUGGAUAAAUUUAUUGCUUUAGUUAUUUCAUUAUUGAAUAAAAUUUUUGACUUGUGAGCAUUGCUUUAUUGUUCCUCAUUUAGAAAGAAAAGACAAAAAAAUGUACAAUUUCGUUUUUAAAAAUUGGUUUUAAUCAAAAAUUAGUUUCUUUAAAUAAUUCGCAGAAACCAUCUCAGUCUUAAAAUGGCAACAAACGAUCUCAAUUUUUCUCUAAUGAACGAUUCAGCUCUAGAAGAACUCAAUUCUUGCUCAAUGGUCGAAGAUUGUCAAAUUUCAGAAGCACUUUGGAAAUUGAGCGGCAUUCCUCAAGGUUUAUUUUACAUAAUUGUUAUAUUUUUCUCGCUCUUUGGCAAUAUUAUCGUAAUAAAAACGGUGAAACAAGACCCUGAAAUGUCCAAAUCGUAUUCCAACAUUUUCCUGGUCAACUUAGCUCUUUGUGACAUAGCUCAGGCAGGUUUGAUGCUUCCUAUUUUUGGGACAACCGCAGUCUUGGGGGACUCGUAUAUAUUCCCGCCCAUUCUUGGAAACGACAUUAUGUGUACCGUUUCCAAAUUUCUUAACCAAUUAUGUCCAGCUGUGACUUGCUACACAAACACAAUUAUAGCUGUGGACCGAUUCGUGGCUUUCGUGUAUCCGUUUCGGAAAAGAAUAACGAAACUGACAGCCUGUUUAAUCAUGGGGUUCACAUGGGUGGUGUCGGCGGUGUUCUGCACAGAAUUGUUCUGUCAGCCGGAAGUGGUGGAUAACUGCUGGAGUGGGUGUCGCAAGCGAACCUGCAUCAACAACUUGACCCCUGUGUCCAGAUUUUUGGGAUCGUUGGCUGCCUACUUGGCUCUUGUGUUCAUAGUUCCCUGUGUGGUCAUAAGUGUGGCCUAUGCGAGGACUGCAUGCAUUCUCAUGAGAGACAGCGUUGGUGCCGCAGAUGACAGACACAUGCGAUCCAAACGAAAGGCUGUUCGGAUGUUCGUUGCGGUGGUGAGUAUGUUCCUGGUAACCCGACUGCCCGUGUUCGCAGUGUACACAUUCCUGGCGUUCAACGACGCCUUCUACGAGCGUCACGAGAUUCUGUGUGACCACCUGCUCACAUUCGCCAACAUACUCUAUAACACUUCAGCUGCAGUCAACCCCGUCAUCUACUGUCUCAUGAACGAAAAGUUUACCAACGCGUUCAAAAGAGCAGUCUGCUUAACCGUUACAAGCCAACCACAAGAUAAUGCAGUGGCUCAAAUGACCUCUACCCGCAACCAGCGGAACAGUUCCAGAAACCGAACAUCAUCACUGGCUGUCAAAUUCAGCAAAACCGCAGUCAGCAACCUGGAAGUUCCGUCUGCAAGAUCUGGAAAAAGGGGCUCCAAGGAAAUUGGGCGCGAGAAUUCAAGCAACGGAAGUGCGACAAAAUCAAGCAUAAUCAUGUCAUAUAAUUCACGAGGUCAACCGAUUAGUCGACGAAAAGAUGGUCAAGUUUCUUUUCAAGGUCAAAACCAGCCUAAGCUGUCAGAUGUCUGACUGACAGAUAACAGGUUAUAUUCAAGGUACAUUCCAGACAAACUAUGACGAACCAUCAAUACUGCAAUUCUUCUAUGUUAAAUUUUUAUGUCAUUUAGCUAACUUGCAAACAAAAAAUCAAAAGAUAAAACCAAAAACCCUUAAUAUGCUGAAAUUGUAUAUACAAUUUCAAAAUAUUUUUGAGAACAAUAUUGCUAGAAAAAAAUUGAU